UCCGCCUCCCUCCCCUCCAGCUGCAGCGUCAGCCUAGCUCGGCCCCGGCCCCAGCGCCUUCGAGCGGCGGCUCCGGCUCCAGCUGGUCCCGGCCCCCGGCCCCAGUUCCCGUGUGGGUCCGGCCUCUGCAGCCUCCGUGCACCCCCAGCUCCCUUCGUGAGCCGCCCUCUCCCGCUCCGUUCCGAAGGGCCGCUGGCCCCAACCCCGGGCUCGCCUAGGCCGAAGGUCCCCGCGGGGCCGGGGCCGGAGCCGGAGCCGGGCCGGUUCGGGCAGGAGCCAGGGGCGCCUCCACCCCUAUGGGCCCCGGCUAGAGGCGCUAAAGCCGCGCCCACCCCCGCCCCCGCCCCCACCCCACCCCCCGCUCCCCGGGAAGCCCCGAUGCUGGCCAAGAGGAAGCCGGUGCCGCCGGCGCUCAACAUCACCCCCACCAUCGCCGAGGGCCCGUCCCCCACCAGCGAGGGCGCGUCCGAGGCAAACCUUGCAGAUCUGCAGAAAAAAUUAGAAGAGCUAGAACUCGAUGAGCAGCAAAAGAAGCGGCUGGAAGCUUUCUCCACCCAGAAGGCAAAGGUGGGGGAGCUGAAGGAUGAUGACUUUGAGAGAAUCUCUGAGCUGGGAGCUGGCAAUGGUGGGGUAGUCACCAAAGUGCAACAUAGACCCUCAGGCCUCAUCAUGGCUCGAAAGUUGAUUCACCUAGAGAUCAAACCAGCAAUUCGGAACCAGAAUAUCCGUGAACUCCAGGUCCUGCACGAAUACUCUCCUUACAUCGUGGGUUUUCUAUGGGCUUUUAUAGUGAUGGAGAGGAUUAGCAUCUGCAUGGAGCACAUGGAUGGAGGCUCUCUGGAUCAAGUAUUGAAAGAGGCCAAGAGAAUUCCUGAAGAAAUCUUGGGGAAGGUUAGCAUUGCGGUUCUUCGGGGUCUGGCUUAUCUAAGAGAGAAACACCAGAUUAUGCACAGAGAUGCUGUUGCUAAUAUAAUAUCUUUGUCUUGAUUUACUUUUAGAUGGAAACCAUCUAACAUUUUGGUUAACACUCGGGGAGAGAUCAAGCUCUGUGACUUUGGAGUGAGCGGGCAACUCAUCGACUCUAUGGCAAAUUCCUUUGUAGGAACCCGAUCCUAUAUGUCCCCGGAGCGGCUACAAGGCACCCACUACUCUGUACAUUCAGAUAUCUGGAGCAUGGGCCUGUCCCUGGUGGAGCUGUCCAUUGGGAGGUAUCCGACCCCGCCAGAUUCCAAGGAGCUAGAAGCGAUAUUGGUCGGCCCAUGUGUUGAUGGGGCAGAGGUGGAACCUCACAGCGUCUCGCCACGGCCACGACCCCCAGGACGCCCCAUCAGUGGUCAUGGAAUGGACAGUCGACCUGCCAUGGCCAUCUUUGAGCUACUGGACUAUAUUGUUAACGAGCCUCCACCUAAGCUGCCGAAUGGUGUUUUCACACAAGAUUUCCAGGAGUUUGUAAAUAAAUGCUUAAUUAAAAACCCAGCCGAGAGGGCAGAUCUGAAGAUGCUGAUGAAUCACACUUUUAUCAAACGGUCAGAAGUGGAAGAAGUGGAUUUUGCAGGCUGGUUAUGUAAAACUCUGAGGUUAAACCAGCCCAGCACCCCAACACGCACUGCCAUGUGAUGGUGAAGCAGGCUGUCCUGUGUCCAUCGUCUGUCUCCCUGUCCAUCACUGUUUCCUGCCCUUUGGGCCAAAGACAAUCUCCUCCCCAGUUCCUUCCUCUCUCCCCACUCCUUGUCCCCCCCUCUCCUUUCCCCACUCAGAUCCUGACCUGGACAACACCAUCGAGGGAAAUGUCUGUUGCCCCUUAUGAACAAGCCAAAACCAGCUUGCUUUAUUUUGUUAAUUCUCCUGCACGCCUACUGCAGUUCAGUGCAGCUCUUUCUCUGAUAUUUGGGAAUUGUGGUGCUCCUGUUGUUCACUUAGGGUUUUUUAAAAAGGAAAAAGAGGCAGGGGAACCAAAUUGUGUGCAUCAUGCUUUUCCCCGUCCAUUGGGUGUUUGUCCUUCCUUUUAAUCCCCAGGUUGAAGGGCUUGCAGAAGCCCAGCCCUAGAAGUAGUCUGCAGACCGCUGAGUGGUAGAGCCAGGCUGAAGGAGGAGGAGGGGUGGAAUUCAGAGCUAGAUUUAGCUCUUUUAAAAAGGAACAAGUGACUGUGUAAAUCCUACAUGUUAGCAUAUUAAGCCUUUUCAGUGGUCACCUAGCCCCAUGUUUCUUCUGCUCUACCCUAUGGUGGUUUUGAACAUGUUAGAAGGUGUCAGAAUCAAUGAAGAUUAUUUUAUUAGAGAAACAGCAGAACCCUAGUCCCUCCCCUCCCUCCAGAUCCUCUCUUUCUUCUCAUUCAGGACUUGGCAGCAAAGGUCUUUCCAGAUCGCCACUCGCUUAAGCAGGUUGAUGUCGGAGCACGGCUUUGCCCCACCUCUGUUCCUUUAGGGAAAGAAGUUUUGACUUGUUCUGCCCUUGGAUGAGUUUAUAUCCAGCUUCCCAGAAGGGAAGUGUCAGUGUGAUUUAUAAGAAUUCAACCUCUACAGUAAAUAAAAAUGUAUCCAAAUUUUUAGCAGGUGUUCAGGAGCAGGUCUGGCUCGUUGGCCUUUCCCAGCCCACUCUGACCCAGCUUCUCUUGCACAGUACACACACAAGGGACCUCAAAUCAUUCACACUCAGCCAGAUGGAAUUUAGAUCUGCUGUAACUGGGGACCUGGCAUGCCCUUCCUUACCUGGGCAAGACUGGUUUUAUCUGCCCGUGAUUAACACUUUAAAAACCAUACAGUGUCAGAAAUGGGAUGCCUGGCCUCCCCAGUGCAGUGAAAGGCAGAGUAUUGAAUGGGCAAGAGAUGCCACCAACCUUCCCUAGAUUGUAGCCCAACUUCUUUGGUGCUGAGUCACCACUGAGGCAGCUUGUUUGGCUGAGAGUGGGUAGGAAGCAGUGGACUUUGAGGGGUGUUUUCUGACCUCUGAUUCUUCCCUAAGAAUUGUUCCCUUCAUUUCCUCCUAGCAUAAGCCAAUGUUAAUAUGCCUUUGUACAAGUUGCAUGCAAGUGGCAGUAAGAGAAUGGUACUUGUCAUGACCCAGGUGAUCAGCAUUUGUGUGAAGAAGAGGAAGUGAAUAAUAAUAUUCCCAAGAAUACCUUUUUUUUUUUUUAAGUGACUGGAAAUCGUGCCUCAUGCAGACCAGUUGAAGGAACUUUGGAACUGAAAAAGAGAAGAGACUGGGGGAGAAGGAGAUCCUAGUGGGAAAACGGGGAACACUAAAUGGGUGAAUUUUGAAAAACAAAACAAAGCAAAAACCAAAAACAUUUAAAUUUGAUGUAAGAAAAGACUGUUUAUGGAGCUGUCCAAAAGUGGAAUGGACUGCCUCAGGAGGUAUAUGUCAUCCGUGUUGUGGAGGGGGUUCCUUUCAAUUAUGGGUUGGACCAGAUAACACCCAAGGUCUCUUAUAAUCCUAUAAUUUAAUGAUUUGCCCCCCCCCCAUGAGUGCAGUUCUUUACUAGUCCCUCUGUGUGACCCCUGAUCCCAGAGGGUAGACUUCCCAAGUGAUGUCAGGCUGCAAACCACUAAGCACACUGACUUUGCCCACAUACUUUUUGGGUUCUUCUUGGAAAACCAGUUUGAUAUCUCCCUACACUUUCCCCAAGUCCGUCCCCCCACCCCCCCACCCCCGAGUAAACAAAGGAGAAGCUACUUUUAUUCUUAAUUUGAUUUUGACAAAUAACUAGAACACAUUCUGGUUUUUGUCCUUCAGGGACUGAAGCAUAUACAGUGUUGCAGGUUUUAAAAACAAACCUCUCUCAAGCUGCUGUUGUGUAGGUAACCAAGCUCCCUUAGGAGCAUCCCUCAGAGGGGAGACCUGAUGUCUGUAGGACUAGUCUAUGCAUUAGCACAUGCUUGAGUUUCUUAGCAAUGCCUUCUUUUAAGGACAUUGAGCUCUUCUCUCUUCCCAACUGAAGGGUUGAGUAUUAGGGUUAAGGUCUACGUGAGUUUGGCGUCUGAAUACUGUCCUGUCUGAGCUUCCCAGGAGAAGCAGUAUGGUAUAGUGGAAAGAGGGCCAAUGGGUGCAGUGAGCACCGGUCCUGGAGUCAGGAGGACUGGAGUUCAACUCUCACCAUAGAAGCUUACUAGCUGUGUGGCUAGUAUAUAUGCUAGCAAGUCACAGCCCCAGUUGCCUCCCCAAAAUGGGAUGGAAUUGGUGAGGAUAAAUUCAGGCUCACCAUCGAGAACUGAAGUUAUUCUAAAUCUUCUGAAGUUCUCUAGGAGGGAAGUGAGACUGUGCAUUGCAUAGUCUCUGGAUGAAUUGGGGAUCAUUGGGAAGAACAGCUGGAACCUCUCCAUCUGAACCUGUGUUGUUGGUUUGAUCCUCAUGCUUUCCUGUUUGUCAUGCUUAGAAUUAGAGCAGUGGAAGUGGCUGAACCUCCCCCCUGCCAUGCAGUGUGCUGGAGCAGAUUUACUUCGUUCUGGGGUGGAGGGAGUGGCCUUAGGUCUCCAGAUUUGGCUGUUCAGUUGGUUUGGGUCUGAUUUAAAACCUGAAGUACCGACUUGGCUGGGCAGGAGCUGUGAGUGAAGAAGGGAUAGAGGGAGACCAAUUGGACACCAGAAACUUUUAGUGUGCAGUGCAGUGUGUAUUUUAUGGCAGCAGAAUGAUUAUUCUGUCCCCCCUUCCCCUUCGGUGCCUCAGUUUCCUCAUCUGUAAAAUGGGGAUAAUAAUACUUGCACUACCUACCUCACAGGGUUGUUGUGGGGAAAGUGCUUUGUAAAGCUUAAAGCACUAUAGAAAUGUGAGUUAUUAUUCCUGUCCCCAUCCCCUAAAAAAAAAAUCCCCCAACUUUAUUGUCCUUUAAUCUGCAACUCCUAAUUCUGUUAGAUCUGUCAGAAAGGGAGGGGCUUUCAGUGAGGACUAAUUGCUACUGGCACAUGGCUGUCUGAGGUCCAAGAAGAGGCAUGGACUGUCCAUUAACAGGUUGGCAAAGUGUGAUAAUUUAACAAAGGGGUACCCUUUUUUGCCUUCUCAUCCCCAUCAUGCUGCUGAUUUGUAAUUCAUAUAUGCUGGUGUGUGUGGUUUGUUUUUUUUUUUUAAGAAAAUUAUAAUGGAUCGUGCUUUUAUUUUAAUUUAGUUUGCAAUGAUUCUAGCCCAGAGAACCUUUAACUUUGCCCAGGAAUUUUAGGUAGACUGCAAUGCUAACUCAGUCUCUGUAGAAGCUGGGAAGUCUGCUGUCUCACCUACAGACCUGAAUUCAUCCUGGUUUCUUUCCCUUUUGAAUGAGGUUACCUUUGCCCUCUGGGGAGAGCUUCUGCUUUCCCACACCCAAAGGACAGCAUUGAAGUGCUCUCCCAAUUAAAAAGGCCCUGGGCAGAUCCUACCCCAGGCACUCAAAUCUAAUGGGUAUUUUAACCAGGAAUUGGAUAUUAAAGAUGGUUAGCUUUGGGGAGGGGAAGAGGAAAGUGCGCUGUUAACCCCCUUAAUUUGAGGGUUCUUGACUUAGACAUUUCUGGGCUUAGUGACUAAAUAUCUUGUACAGACAUGGGAUAGGGAAAAGUUUUCUAAAAUAUGGAUGAAUCUGUGCGAUUGUGCGAUUGAAAUGACUACUGGCUUCUAGGGUUGUAUGGGUCUAGACACACCUGGGAAUUCUGAAACUCAGCUGUGAGUAUUUUAUUUCAAAAAUUAGGUCGGAAACUCCAGUCCUAAAACUAUAAUAUUUUGGGGUUGGUUACACCCCACCCCACAGUUGUUGCUAUUUUUUUGUGCUUGGUUUUGAAGGGGAAGGAGAAAAUGUAUCAAACAUUUUGUUGGUGCAAAUUUUUUUUUAACUCGAUAUUUUCAUCAUAAAUAAAUGGCACUUUACAUGAUCAGAUGUGGUUUCCUUUUAAGUCCCAAAUGGAUGGAGAGGGGUUGGCAAGUGUUUCUCAUUUAAAAUACAAUUUUCUUGGUUUAAACCCUGGCAGAGGCUAGAUGUAAUGCUUAAACUGAAAUGUCCUCAUUUCAACUGUAUUUUCCCUCCUUUUUAAUGUUUCUUGUACAUAUGAACUGUAAAAGAAUUACGUGGUUUAAUUAAAAUGCCGUGAACCUCA